GUAGGUUGAGGUGAGGAUGCGGACGAAAAAGAGGCUAUGGGUAUGAUGAUGCAGAGGUAAGGAUGUGGUGUGUGUUGGUUUGGUGGCUACGGCUUUGCUUGGUUCCGAAGGCGUUAGCCUUGCGAGGUGUAACGCCACGAAGAAGAAGGCCAUACGUAGGACGAGUGGCCUUUAAAACGAAGCAACGAUACGUGUUUGGCUGGCUUGCGGUUUUACGUCGGAUGGCGUAUCUGACGUCUGGUAUAAACAUCGUGAGAGUAGUAUCCGUCAGGAUAUCUUCAGUGUUUACCGUUGGGAGGAUUUUGGUGCAAGAAGCAUGCAUUUCGAAAAUGCAAGUAAAUCAUAACGUAUAUUCAUAGUAACAUUGAGUACGUAACUUCUCCAUCUGCGCCGUACGAAAUCGCAACAGCUGCAACGUAUUGAGACACCUCGUGGUUAAACACAACGAGGAGAUCACAUCAAAACUGCUACCGCGGUAGCACCUACCCCUACUCCUUUACAAACCACCAUCUGCGUAGAUCGCAGUUACCCCGCUAUUUGCUUUUUGC